GGCUCACUGCCUUCUAAGUGCAUGGAUCAUAAUACGACCAUUGUCCCAUGGCGCGGCUCGUGACAUGUGCUGUUCAGGCCAUCGCUUUGCUAUACGGCCUGGCGCAUGCUGCCACAUGGGAAUCAGCCUGCGAAACCAGCGGCUGCAGUCGAGACAACUGCUGUCCAUCCGGUUACUACUGGAUUUCAGAGCGCGACUGUGACGAUUGGUUCACGGGAAUCUUUUUCGACAACCGGAUCCAGACCUGCGAAGAGUGCACCACCUGCAGCGGUGGGCGUUAUCUGAGUUCCUGUGGCUCUGAGAGUCCAGGGAACUGCCAGCUGUGUGCUGGUGGAUAUGCCAAAUCUGGCACCAACAAGGUGACUUCUUGUUCGGCCUGUGCGAUUGGACAGUAUGCCCCAGCAGGCUCAUCCUCAUGCACAGAUUGUAGUAAAGGGACCUAUCAAGCCAAUGCUGCCAGCAGUAGCUGCAACACUUGCCUGGACGGACAGACCAGCACCCUGGCGGCCACGGCAUGUUUCGACUGUGGCCGCGGCUUCUCCGCCGUGGCAGGCGACGACGUUUGCACGGAAUGCAGGACAGGCCAAUUCGGAAGUAACGUCCGCAAUCGCGUUUGCGAACUCUGCCCUGCGGGGACGUUCGGGGCAAACACCGGUAUGUCGGCCUGUGUCCAAUGCAGCCGUGGAGAGUCUUCAGAGGAAGGUGAUUCGUUUUGCACACCUUGUCUGCGUGGAGAGUUCAAUGACCAAGAUGCGCAAGGGAGCUGCCAAAAGUGCCAGCCAGGCACCAUUUCUCAAAGUAUGGGCUCCACAAGCUGUACAGAUUGCAGUGUUGGGAGCUACGCCAGCACGGAAGGGAAGUCUCAGUGCACUGAUUGCAGGGCUGGGUACUACCAACCUGCUGUGGCUUCCACCAGUUGCCUCCAAUGUGAAUCAGGCAGUCGCAGCGAUUCCAGCUAUGCUUCUACAUCUUGCAUUGAAUGCGCUGCUGGAAGCUAUGCAGUGUCGCCAACAGACACGUGCACCUCCUGUCCCCCGGGCAGCUAUGGUGAGGAAGCACGGCAGAGCGAGUGUAGCUUGUGUCCCGCUGGCUGGUACGGCAAUGCGAGUUCGGGCGCCACCAGCAACGAGACCUGCAGUAUAUGCCCCAGCGGCCGCGCUGGAGCCUCCGAGGGGCUGGGAGGCUUCGAGAGUUGCGUCCUCUGCCCAGCUGGGAGGUAUGCAGUUUCAGAGGGCAGCACCGAGUGCAGCGAAUGUCCUGCAGGUAGCUACAGCGAGCUCAUUGGUGCCACCAGCCCAUCGGAUUGCAUCGCAUGCCCUGCUGGAACUUUCAGCAACGAAACGGCCGUGGGCUCUCUCACUCUAUGCCAGCAAUGUCCAGCAGGAACAUGGAGCAGCAGUAGCGCCACAGCCUGUGAGGACUGUCAGGCAGGGACGGCGAGCAACACCACGGCUGCGACCAGCUCAAGUACCUGCGAGGAUUGUAGUCUUGGAAGCUUCGUGGACUACGCGGGCGCCUCGGAGUGUUUGGAAUGCCCUGCUGGGCGCUGGAGCGACCUUGUGGCCAUGACGGUGUGUUCACAGUGUGCGGCAGGCACCUGGAGCGAUGCUGUGGCAGCGGUGGCCAGUUCCACUUGCCAGCAAUGCCCUGCCGGACGCUUCUCAGAUGUCCCCGGCGGAUCUGAGCUCAACAGCUGUCAGUCUUGCGCCAAAGGGACCUGGAGUGAUCAGCUGGGAGUCACCAUUUGCCAAGAGUGCGAGGUUGGCAAAUGGAGUGACGCAACUGGUGCAUCUUCGGACGUGUGCCAAGACUGCACAGCUGGCCGCUAUGGUGAUCAAAGCGGUCAGAGCAGUUUGGACGACUGCCUGUUGUGCGAUCCUGGCACCUGGAGUUCAGAAGGCCUCACCUUUUGCUACAAUUGCAGCGCUGGGCGUUGGAGCGACACCAUUGGGGGUGGUAGCAUCAGCACGUGCAUCGCUUGCGCUGCGGGACGAAUUUCCACAUUGGUGAGUGCCACGAGUAUCGAAACAUGUGUGGCGUGCCCCGUGAAGACCUUUGCCUCGCAGUCGGCUUCAACGGCCUGCGAAGACUGUCAACCGGGACAAGCCAGCUUCGAGGUUGUGAGCAGUGCCCUGUGGCCAGGUACAGCGAUUCGAAGCAGGCCUCCUGUUCACAAUGCGAGGCGGGAUACGUCGUCAAUUCCCAUCGUACUGCUUGCAUACCUUGCUCACGGGGCCGGUUUUCCGAUACCCAGGGUGCAGAAGCCUGCCAAGACUGUGGCGCGGGUCGAUACGGAAUCCAGGCUGGAGGCAUUUCGCUGGAAACGGCCUGUCAGGAGUGCCCAGCUGGUCGAGUCAGCAACGGACUGGCAGUCACCAGUCUGGCUGGUUGCCUGCAGUGCUCACCCGGUAACUUUGCUGGCACCACUGGCGGAUCCAGCUGCGAACCUUGCCAAGCUGGACGAUAUCAGGAGUCCCCGGGUCAAAGUGCUGCUCGGUGUCUUGGCUGGGAAACAGUUGCGAUCCCCAGAGCUAAAGAGGAUCUGGAAGGAUCUUUGUCUUUAUGUUCAGGGCCUUCAUGGCCCUGGAUCCGAUGGGCCGAUGGGCCCCAGCUCAGCUGGUCAUAGCCAAGGAAACCACAGCUUAGAUGGCGAGAAUUGUUGGAACAGCUCUCCCAAGAGCUCGAGCCCCUUGAUUCCCUUGGAUCCCUUGGAACGGGCACCGGUGUCAGAGCCGGGUAAGCUUCAAAGAUUGUGGUUUCACCAUGAGAGGCUCCAGUCGCUACAAGCAGAAAAUCGCAACUUGAAAGAACUUCACGAGGCUCCUCCCAUCGACCAUUUGGUGACAAGCACCUCGAUCAACCUGGCGAAGAGUUUCCCUCCAGCAGGACGCUGGGUCCGCUGA